GUAACCAGUUGUCCAGUCAGCUGUGUUGUGAGUGACGCGUCUCACAGCUGACGGCGGUGUGUCAGCUGAGCCUCCCACAGAUGGGGGACCGAGGCAGAGGUCGGGGCAGGAAGGGUCCUGGAGGAGGUGGAGUGUGGGGAAGCUCCAAGAAUGACACGAGCUCCUCAGCCCCCAGUGAGGGGUUUUGGGCACACAGUCCCUCCACUCACCACCGUCCACCAGCCCCCAACAAGCCUGGUGGCAAGAAAGGCAACAUUCAGUCCUCGCAAAAACCAGUUCACACAGAGGAGGAGACGAAGGCUGGGGAGAGGAAGUUUGCCGCUGCCUGUAAGGAGAUCCAGGACUCCGUACAGCGCUACAUAGCUACUCACCAGUUUGAGGACUCAGAAGAUGAUGAUGAGGAGGAGGAUGAAGAAGACUUGGAGGAACAUGGCAUUCUUGAGCGCGUGUUCGGGGACUAUGGAGGAGAGAAGGACCAGAGCCGUACGCAGCAGUACCUUCAGGAGGCCUUCAAAACUGGUGCUCUUGUGUGUCUUAUCUGCAUCGAAAACAUCAAACGUAACGACCGGAUAUGGAGCUGUGCUAAAUGUUACUCCAGUUUCCACGUUAGCUGCGUGCAGAAGUGGGCGAAGGACAGCAUCUACCAGCUGGCCAAGCCAGUACGACACUAACCAGAAAUUCGACAAGUCCGGCCUUAUGUGGUGCUGGUGGAGGUGAUACAAAGCCCCAAGUGUCGGAGUGAGUAUACACAGUCCGUCAUCCCUACCAAAUACUUGUGUUUUUGUGGAAAGAAAAUGGACCCCCAGUUUGACCCAUGGCUCAUCCCUCACACGUAUGGAGCAACUUGUAAGAAGAAGCUACAGCCAGAGUGUGGUCAUACCUGCCUCCUCCUCUGCCAUCCAGGCCCGUGUCCACCAUGUCCCAAGACUGUAGCCAGCACGUGCCACUGUAGGAAGCAGCCUCCAGAGACCGGGACGCUGCUCGUCCAAAACCUGGUCUUGUGGCCAGACAUGUGGACAACUCCUCAGCUGUGGUCCACACCUGCCAAGAUGCUUGCCAUCCUGGAGACUGUAAGCCUUGCCCCAGACAGAGUCGGCCAGUCGUGUUGUUGUGGCAGCAGCACCCAACUGAGGGAGUGUGCUGACCCAGUCUGGCAGUGUGAUAAGGUGUGUAAUAAUCAACACAGUUGUGGCCAUCACCUGUGCCAGAAUGUUUGUCACAGUGGAAGUUGUGGUGAGUGUCCAGCAAGUGGAGUCCGUACCUGUCCUUGUGGCAAAACUUCACAUACUCUGCCGUGCACAAAAGAAAUUCCAACGUGUGGCGAUACCUGUGGAAAGGAACUGGCUUGUGGUGUUCACUAUUGUGCCGAGCGCUGCCACAAAGGGCCGUGUCCUACGUGCCUCCAGUUCCGUGUGAAAUGGUGUCGAUGUGGGACCAAGCAAAAGGAAAUAGCAUGCAGCAAGGAGCUCACGUGUGAGGUCAAAUGUAAGAAUAUGAGAGACUGCAGACGACACACAUGUAAUAAAAAGUGUUGUGUGGGGGAUUGCCCCAGAUGUGAGCAGCCGUGUGGUCGAACCUUAGUCUGCCGCAACCACAAGUGUGAGAGCAGGUGCCACCAAGGUCCUUGUUAUCCCUGUGCAGUCACCCAUACCAUAUCCUGCCGGUGUGGAGCCAGCACCAUCACCGUUCCGUGUGGACGAGAGAAAACGACCAAACCUCCUAAAUGCUCCAAACGAUGCAAACUGCCGCCCAACUGUCACCAUCCUCACCGGCAGAAGCACAAGUGUCACCAGGGGCCGUGUCCCACCUGCCGGAUAUCUUGUGGUCUCAAGCUUAAGUGUGGACACAUCUGCCCUGUGCCUUGUCAUGAUGCAGUUCCUGUUAAGAUUGUGGAUACCAAGAAGCGUGCUGGACCAUGGGAACCUGUUGCUGCUCCUCACAUUGAAAUUCAAAAGAAACCGUGUCCGCCUUGUCAGGUGCCAGUACCAACUACUUGUUUUGGCCAGCAUGAGAACCCAAACUGGCCCUGUGGUGACCUCAGACCGUACUCCUGUGGACGCAAGUGUGGGCGUUCACUUGACUGCACCAACCACACCUGCGACCUGGAGUGUCACAUGGUGGAGAGCGCGCCCGAUGAUAAACGGGCUGGCUCCAACUGUGCACCUUGUGAAAAAAUUUGCUCAAAGCCACGACUGGGAGGCUGCAACCAUGAGUGUGGGAAGCCUUGUCAUCCGGGAGAGUGCAAAGAAUGUGAGAAACACCUGAAAAUUAAAUGUCAUUGUGGUCUUAGUCAAUUGUAUGUAAAGUGUCACCUCUGGAAUAGUGCCACAGAUGGGAAGGAAAAAAUGCGGAGUUGUAAAAACCAGUGUAACAAAUUGAUAUCUUGCAACCACCGAUGCACGAAGGACUGCCACACUGGGCCCUGCAGUCUACCAGAGAAUUGCCACAAGCGUGUAGCGGUCCGCUGCCCCUGCAAGAGACAGAGGAAAGACUUCUUCUGUAACCUGAUGGUGGCUGGGAAGGUCAGCCUUGAGUGUGAUGAUGUGUGUAUCACCAGGAUGAAGGAAAAGAAGAAGGCACAAGAAGAAGAAGAAAGAAAGAAAAUAGAGGAAGAAAAGGCAAAGCAGAAGAGAGAACUGGAAGAAUUUGAAAGGAAGAUGGAGGGACGGAAGCACAGACGUCGCAACAGGCGGCAACAAGAAACCGAAGCAGAACCAACUUUCUGGCAAAAAUACGGGAAAUUUAUAAUGGCCGGCUGUGUAUUAUUAACUGCAGGGACAAUCUAUGUGGUAAUUAAUAAGUAAUAUUAUUGAUCUGGUCUGGUCUGGUCUUAACAACUCAAUAACCUGUCUUUCGUAUCUCAUUUCUUGACGUCAAAUUUAUUCGGUAAUUUUUUAGCAAAGAUCGUGCCUCUGAUUUAUACAGUACAUGGGAUAAUGCUUCGAUCAACCUCGCCUACAAUGAAUUCACGUAAACUGAUCUUAAUUUCUUCGGGGAGAAAAAGUGGAGUUCAUUUGUGGGUCUUAAGAUAAUUUUUAUUAUUCCCAGAAUCUCAGUUUUUAGAUGAACCUUAUUCAACCCCCAUAGAUCACUUAAGGACACAUGCCGUACUUAACACAAAUAUUCCGAUAAUAGACUCCUUUCCCCACGUGCUGCAGGUAUGUACAGUGUUUAUUUACAAACAUCGCCUGUCAUUAAACUUUAUUGCUCAGGUAGGGUAUUUUACACAUGACCCAUUGGUGACUCCUCAAGUGAGAGUAGUUUGAGUGGUGUGCUGGAGAAUGACGCUACUGAAUAUGAUUUGAAAAAUAUUAAAAAUAGAAUUAUAUUAUAUUUUUUUCAAACAAAUGGAAGGAAUAGCAGUACAUUUUAGAGGGGAUACUUCUCAUGACCAAUUAUUGUACGAGUGUGUACCUUCACUACACCUAUGAGUUAUGUUAAGAGUUUCUCUCCUCUGAUCAGCUGCCACAAAAGUACACCGGAAACUUUCAAUCCAGCUCAGUUCUUGCUUUAUGAUAUCUAUUCAAAAUACUAUGGAAAAGAAGCUGUUCAAUGCCUCAGCUUUGUCCUGGUCAGACUCUGCGUAACUACCAUCUUCAAGCCUCGGGUCUGAUACGCCUACUCGCGUUUUAAGGACCGAGUGGGCAUAUGAUCCUUUAUUCACAGUAAGGUACAGUGUACACUCGGUAAAAACUACCGUACAGGUCGGGUCAGAUGAAUUUUGAAUUGAACAAUCCACACGCAGGGCUACCAGGCCUUUAUCAAAAGCCUUCGUUGGUGGUGUCAUUUUGUUUUGCACAAAAAGUAUAACGAUAUUUUUUUUCCCGAGUGUACACAGAGAUAGCACAUGCUGUAGAUACCAACAACUCAUCGAGGAGAAUAAAAAAUAAAUAAAAAAUAAACAAACAAGACAACUCAAACUUUCUUUGGGGCUGCAAUAACACGCCGUUCUAGAUGGCCUGGUUUGUUUUUUAACUUUUAUUUACUUAUAUUCUCUUCUCCAGUCCUCAUCUACGAAUACAGUAUAUCUCUUUGUGCUAUCACUGUGUACACUGUAUCUCUCUAUGAAUGGUGGGUUGUAGGCACAGUUUCAGUCCUUGAGAAAGCACACUCACUCAAAAGAGAGAAAUUCUUUGUGGCGUCAAUAAUACGACUUGGUUACCGCCAUAGAGUGAGAGAAGCCUAGGUCGCGUGAAAUGGUUGCGACCGUUUUUCCAUUUUCAUAUUUCAUUAUUAUUUUCAUUGUCAUCUCAAAAGUAAUUGACUGUCUCUUUUUCUUCUGAGCACCACCACAACUCUCACUUGUACACUUGCCAGUCAUUCUAAAGGGAAUUAGAAACAAAAAUAUUGUCAGUACACAGCGCGAUCACUACCGACAACGACGACGGCCAAACACCAACUGAGCGCGCUAUGGCGUGGACGCUGUAGCCACGAGGCGAUCCAGCCCACGCGACGCUCUCGUAUGGGACGGAAACGUUUCAGUCCUAGAAAAUAUGCGCGUCAUUUGAAAAAAUUUUGGUACGACUGCGGAGGUCGUAUGUCCAGGUGGUCGUAAGUCGAGGAGUACCUGUAUACAAUCGUGAAUGACGUUAAAAAUCCUACAUUGAUUUACACUUUCACAUGACUAAGACGAUCAUGAUGACCUUAUAUAAUCACUGUCCAAUUUCUGCCGCUCAACAACGAAGGCCAGAGUGCCAACACGGUCUGUUACAGAGACGCAACACGACCCGACCUGCACGACACCAUCUGGCCUUACUUACAAUGUUCUCUUGAAGAUGUUCAUUAAUCUUCAUACUGUAUUUGUACAGUUGUGAGGAAUUGUUCUGCCUCCUGUUUUAGAGAGCUUUAGUACUAGACUGUGGUGGGAAAUGUUUGUGUGGGAAGGUUCUUAUUUCUUUAUUGAUAUUCUUGAUUUUAAUAUAUGCAGUAUGUUAUGUAUCCAUAUACUUAGAUAAUUAUAUCCAAGUUUCAUGUCCUUCAACAGUGUAAGUUUUUUUCUUUAUCAAAUAAAAGGUGAAAUUUGAAGAAAACAAAAACUAAUCGAGAUAACGGCCACAUCCUUCGGCCGAUUAAGCUGAAAAAAUUACCAGAUACUCCGGACAUUAUUCUUGAGACAUCCAUUAAGGUGGAAUUUUGAUUUUCCUUAUAAUUUACUGGAGAGAAAUAACCAAAUGUUCUUCCUUGUCUGGAAUAUAUUUGUAAUUAUUAAAAAAAAGAAAAAAGGCAUUUUCUUCUCUUUAAAAUAACAUAUAGUUCAUUAAAAUUGUGCCUGUAGUUUUGGAGUUAUCUCUAGAAACAGUUCAGUUUCUUAGUUCUCGACAUAAGGUCUUCAAAGUUUUUUGUUGCCCUCAUUUCUUACACUCCUUAAAACCUGUCCAAUUUCUACUGGAUUUGCAGAUAAUUAUCAGACAUCAUUCUAGAUCAUUCAUAUUACAUUCCAGAGUCUAUACCAUAGAUCUGGCAUCUGGUCCCCCCUUCUAAAAGGUAUAAGUCGCUAGACAGCGAGGGUGUCAGGAGGUGCCACCUCCCUCACUGUAGCCAGGUUUGAUGAAAUUUGAAGCCACCAGGCCAAUAACCUUCACUGAAUGACUGCUUGAGCUUCUUUGUGGUGUUGCUGACUCUGCCUCCUGGGGCUGAAGUGCUUUCAGGAUGUCUGGAUGAGUCCCGAAUAUUUUCGUCAACACGAUAGCCUUGUACCUGAAGCUGUGGUUUACACUAGUGACUCUGGCCAGAAAGGUCACUCAAAAACGUCCAGCAAACUUCGUCAAGGGGCAUUCAGCCCAUAACUUGGAGUGAAGAGCCUCGUUCGCAUUUUGCGUUCUUCUCUUCAGGCAUUUAUUGAGGUGGUCUGGAGCUGUCAAUUCCCUGUACACACUCUUUAUGAUUUCCAGCAUUUCAUAAGGAAUUUUAGCCAAGUACAGUUUCUUUGUAUCAUGAUGUGCAGGUUUCUUCUUCAGUGCUGUUUCUCUGUUAUACCAACACCACAAAUCUGGACCUCUAGGGCAUCAGUGGUGAGCAGGAGUCUUCAGUGGAAGUCAAAUGGAAGUAUGUGGCCCAAAUUGCUUCCCGCAUCUUCUUGACGUUGGUGUUCACAUUAUCACGAAUGGCCUUGUCAUAGUAUGAAGAAAGGUGAUUAAUAACUUCAUCUGUGAGCAAGUGGGCAUCACCAAGAGCACUGUGCUUCAUAGUCUUGCCAGUCUUGGUUGUACUGUAAGUUGCGACUUAUAAGUCGACAUUUUAAGCUUGGAAAAAUCUCUCCAAUACCAGAGGUCGACUUAUACGCCAAGUAUAAAAUGUGAAGCUGUACCACAGAGUGGUAAACAAGUGGAACAGCCUGCCUAACACUGCAUCACUUAGCGUAACUCCCGUGGCCUGCCGCUAAUAUUUCCUACUGAAAUUCAUGUUUGGUAAACUUAUUUAACAUAAAGAUUAUAAUAAAAUAGCAAAUUCCAGUAUAAUUAAACCAACACAACACCACACGCCAUUUCCAACAGCUGAUGCACAGUAAACAAUGGAUCAGAACGUCACUAAGCCCAGGCGGCCAGCCAGACAGCUACCUGCUACUACAAUAUGGUGCCAUCUGUCCAAUUUUAUGAUAGCGCUAUAGAUUGAGUUCACAUAUACUACAGAAAUAAUGACAGUUUAAUGAAUAUACACACAAUGACAUUAUUACUGUACCUAUAUGGUUUAGUAAAUUGCCAUGUAGGCUUAUUCGGUGCAUGGGGAGUUCAAUAAGUGGAUGACAGUCUAAGCUGUGUGCCGACAGUGUAACGGACCCAUUCUUUUGCAGCUGGCCGCAUGGGGUGGUGGUGCCAUUGGCAGUUUGUAUACACCACCUGAUGCAAAUGGCUGAUCGUAAGCCAGGUGUACCAUAAUGUUCUACCGUAUAUAGCGGUACUAUCGAGGUGCUAUACUGAUAUGAUGUGUAAAGAAUUAAUAUUUUAUUGGAGGUGCUGAUUUUGGCUUGGUGUUUACCAGAGGUCUUAUGAAGAUAACUUACUGAAGAUUUUUAGCGGUUGCUUGCUGUCCUACGUAGAUCCUGUUGCCCACUUCCCUUUUUGUAUGAACUAUAUAAUAUAUAUAUAAAAUAUUGAAAGGUAUUACAGUAAGUGUCUUGAUGAAAGUGGCGUGGUCUUAUUACAUACUUUGGCCUAUGUUUGGGCCUUGAGGGGGUUGACUUAUACGGCCAGUAUAGAACUAAACCUGAAUUUUGAACUAAAAAUCUUGAGGUCGACUUAUACACCGCAACUUACGGUAAUCAUCUCACUUGUCUCCUUCUUGAUCUUUCAAAGUUUGGUGCCCAUCCUCUUGCUGACAUGUUUUAUACACUCUUCUUUGGUGACAGGGACAUUGUAAGAGCCACGCCCUCCAUUCAGCUCACACACAGACUUGUAAGAACUUGAGUCACCAUCACCAACGAAGGUUACAUAACGCAGGCGGUGUUCAGUGGAGUGAGACCAAAGAUGAACUGCUCCCUCAGUCUCCAUUGCACCUGAUUUCCUGUUGAAGUUCUUGUGACAGGUGAGUUUUCUGGGCUUCUUUUGUUUUUCUUGUUCUUGUGUGAAAGUUGGGCAGUAGUUGCACAUCACUUCCAUGUCAAACACGAUUUCCAUGUUGACUUCAAUAAUAAAACACACCAAUGUGUUACUAAUCCCCCCUGGUCAUCCAGGUGCCAUCAUAAGACACUUUGAUGUUCAGGAUGCCAUCUGCAUCUGGUUGUGCAAGAUCUUGUUGGGUGUAAUAGUUGAAGAUGGCUUCUCUUGCACUCUGCAUUACAGAAGUGUAGUGUUUCCCCAUUCCUUAGAACAGGUAAGUGCAGUGUCGUGAGUAUCUGGCAGCCAAGAAACUCUCUCCUGCAGAUACGCCAGUGCUCUCCUGAAGCCCAGCACGUCCCACUCCGGUCACUAGACUGAAGUAUACCUGCAGUAGGUUCGAUUCAGUGUAAUUCUGCCAUGGGGAAGUGCUUUUGGUGACGGGAGGAGCGUGGCAAAACUUGGUGUUACAAGUGUUACAGGUGACAUACACAGUAGUAUUCCAUAUGUCAAAAGUUAGGGUAGCAGUAACAUUACCCCUACAGUUUCUCUUUGGGCAUUUCAGCGUUGCCACCAUCGCCUGUAACUGUGAGCCCAACACUGUAUUUUCUCUCAUAAGAUAUAUUAGACUGUGGAAUCAUCCCUUUGAGUAAAUCCUGACGUCUCUUGUGGCUUGUUGUGGUUUUUACUGGCAAUGCUGCUGUUGAUGGUUGUGGUGUUGCUAAGGCAGUUGCAGACAUGGAGGGUUGUGGUGAGGGAGGCAGGAAGGGCAUGACAGGUUGUGGUGGAGGCAGGGGAGUUCACCAUGAUGCUGUAUGGUAGAAAAAUCGCUUAGCUAAGGAUGGAAAUAGCGCAGAGAGCGCGAGGCAGGAGAGAGCUCAGCGUGUCUGCUGCCGGCCAGUUGAUUCCAUUGCUAUAUACAGUACAUGUGUAUACCCCUGCUGAUGUACGAUAAUUUACUUGGGAUGCCAGUGAUCGCCGCACGAGAUCAAAUUCUUGAUUUGUUUUUUAGUAAUAAAUAAAUAUAUAUCUACUACUAUUACUGAUAUAUGCGUGCGACAUUUUGAGCCUUGCAACAUGUCAUGAGGGGGGAGGGGGUAAGAAAAAGAGCCAUAAUUUGAUUAUUUCUGAUAAUUUAAUGCUAAAACUCAGCCACAAUAAUUUUAAAGCCAACACAGAGCUGGGGAUUUUUUUCUAAAUACAGUAUUUCGUAAUUUUUCAAAUAUUCGCCGAAAAUUAAGAGCGGACAGUCGCCUCAAGUAAUAGUGUGACUGUACGUGUCAUAUAUGUAUUAAAACAUUUCUUAAAUUAAACAAAUAUUUUUUAAUGAUGAUGAACAUAGUGAAAUAAAGUACAGUAAGUCACAUACUCACCAAUGCAGUAGGUCAAACUUACAUAUGAUUGGCCACUGUCUUGUGUUAUUUUGUAACACAAUCUUGCUCCUGCCUGCUAGUGGUGGUAAAUGAGUUAAGCCUGGAGGAUGGGCCAGACUGGCUCUUUCUCCUUACAAGUGGCAGACUUCAUGAACAAGGAAAUCGGGAUGGGCCACCUUGCUCACAUGCCAGUGAUCGCACCCCUCACCUGUCUCCACACAUUAUAACACCCUUAUUAAUAUUUUACAUCCAUCUUGAGGCAUUUCCUUGACUGCCUGACCAUAUUACUUGCACAACUUUUUCCUGACAUUAUGGGUUCAAAAUUAAGUUAAAAAGAGUUAGUACCAGAGUAAACACACAUCUGUGAGAAGCUUUCAAAACUGGUGGAGGUGGUCACUGGUUGGCCGAGUGGUAGGCUGUGUACGUCACUAUUGGCCGAGUGGUAGUCUGUGUACUUCACUAUUGGCCGAGUGGUAGUCUGUGUACGUCACUAUUGGCCGAGUGGUCUGUGUACGUACUAUUGGCUGAGCGUCUGAGCCAGAGAAAAGAGGAGAAUUUUGCACAGUUUUGAGAGAAUCUUUUGAACUCUUUAAUAUAUUUUUUAUACAGUAUAUUAAAAAUUUCAUCUAGACCAUCGAGUAUUAUAAUGACUACCAUUGUAGGAGGUGUGCCUGUUGUAGGUGGUGAUAGUGUUGACCUUUGAGCACUGUAUCCAGUUCCUGCCCAGUAAAUACUGUGGAGAAAUGAGUAUUUUCUUACCACAUACAGUAUAGCACCACAAUUUCUUUCAUAUAAAACUGAAUCAGCCUAAUUCCAAUGCUUGGUUUAAAAUUACCAGUAAGUGGUACAUUACAUAAAAAUUGCACAGACAGAGUUUCUUCAAAUCUUAGGUAUACUUUUGUACUGUAAGCAGGUCCUCAUACCCAGUAAGACAGUGUUGGUUGGUAAGAGAGAGUGGUACAGUAUAAGGUUCAGAGUUGUAACCCUGUGAUGUAAUUACAAGGAACAUCAUAUUAUUAAGAACAGGCUCUUCGUCCUCUUGGAUUAUAGGAUACCAGUCGCUGCUUCUCUUAGCCACCUCUUCUUCCUCCUUAAAAUAAUAUGUAAAAGUUCAGGACCUCCUUUGUUUGUCUUAGGUCCAGACCACUCAACUGAUACUCCCACAACCAGGGCCAUCCCUAGGAAGGUGUGGGGCCCUGGGAAACUCAGCCACUGCGGGGCCCCAGAAAAAAUAUAUAUGUCUCUGUCUCUGCUUGCCAUGUUUCUUACACACAAAAAAGUAUAUCCACAAAACUCAAAAGGCAGGAGUCACAGCUCACAGGACAGGACACAACCUGAUCUCACUGGUUACUGACCCUGGUGGACUGGCUGUGUGGAGUGGAGUGCAGAUUAUGCGGUCAGAGGAACCCACCCCCACCAACCCCCAUGGGACUGUCGCUGUGGAUGGUAAGGUCAUGGUUGCGAUGGUGGCAUAAGCUGUCAGGUCAGAUUAACCAGUCAACAGGUAGUGUCCAAGGUCACUGGGUUUAGUGCUGGUGGGCGGUCGACCCUGUUCCCCCUAAAGGACGGGCCUGUCCACAACCUACUGCUAAUACCUCCACUGAAACUAUUGAAAGUUCAAGGAUCAUCACUAAACUCCUCCAUAAUGCACCUGAUGCCAACUAUGAUGGUGUAUCACGUACUGUACAUUUCUCUCUUGGUCCUUCAUCUUGGUUGCAGUUUUCUUUUGGUUCAACUCUGAUCAAGAUUGUGGUACAAUUCUAGUGUGAUGUUCCUUGUAAUUACACGAGUCAUUACAACUCUGAACCUGAUGCUAUACCUCACUGAUUUACCAACCAACGCUGCCUUACCGAGUGUGAAGGCCUGUUUACGGUACGGUGUAGGCGUCACCGUAAAUAAAGAUCGCGUACGGUCGCGGAAAAAAGGCGUCAGUCCUCCGUCCCUUUCGUGAACCUGUGAACCCGAAACAUGACACUUUGUUGGGCCCAUAGAUGGCGCACUGGGUCAUUUUAUGUCUCGGAUCAACUGGUUAGAAAGAUUUUAUUGCAUAUUGAUAUAUUUAAAUAUACAGAAUCAUAUUGACAGACGAAAAAACAUGUUUGAUAAUACAAAAUGUGUGUUGGUUGCCAUCUCCAUAAGGUGAUAUGUCUCUAUGACCAAUAGACAAACAUUUUGUUAGUACAGUAUGUCUAAAUAUGUCGGUAAGCAAUAGAGUCUUUCUUUCAUGUCCACAGUCUUUAUUUGAAGGAUUGACCACACACUCUGCUCAUGCUGUACUUGACAUUUGUUCACAGCUGAUAUAGGUAGUUAUUCUAACAGUACAAUAUAGAGUAUACCCGUGUUGGUAUGUGGUUUCUGUUUAAAGUCAGUCAAUAAUAUUAUUUUCAUGUUACUUGUAACUGACAGGAUCAUGUAAUGUAUCUGUAGCUGUGUUUGCUUCUCUACAGAAUACUACAUGAAUUUAAUGUUGGUGCGGGAAGUACAGCACGUAAAUGAUGAUUGUUGUUACUGACUCAUUAUAUGACAGAUCAUUAAAAUUCCCUACGAAAUAAAGAGUAUGACAGCGCUGUGUUGCCUUCAGGGAGUUCCCUUUAUUAAUUAAGAAUUUUUUACUUGUUUCCUUUUAUGUUUGACAAACUACAGAAGGAAUCACUCCUAGUUUUAGAGUCAGAAUUGUUCACGAAAUCCACAAGGAUAAAUUCCUCCUUGCUGUGUUCGUUGUUCAAAUGUUCACCUUCAACAACCAUCACUUAGUUAACUCACUGCUAGAGAAGAUAUUUUCUGAGAAUGUUAAAAAUAGUGUAAAACAGUUGCAUAAUUUUUAUGUAGUGGCUUCACACUUGUUGACACAAUUUCUGUAAGUUUGUAUUAUUAGUAAUUUUUUAGUUUUUCUACUACAGUCAUGUAUUUUGAAAUAAUACGCAAUUUGCACAACUGGGAAAUAUAAUGAAAGAAUAGAUUGAAAAGACUUUGAUUGUAAAACACUUAAUAGAGCUUCACAUAAAAUACUUGAUCUGA